AUGACUCACUCAUUGGGCGAACACGUUCACAACUUCACUCUCGAAUGUGGUGCUGCCAAACAGCUGUUAGGAGAGUACAACCUAGGAACUCAACAUUCAGGAGAGUACAACCCAGGAAUUCAACAUUCAGGCGAGUACAACCUAGGAACUCAACAUUCAGGAGAGUACAACCUAGGAACUCAACAUUCAGGAGAGUACAACCCAGGAAUUCAACAUUCAGGAGAGUACAACCUAGGAAUUCAACAUUCAGGAGAGUACAACCCAGGAAUUCAACAUUCAGGAGAGUACAACCUAGGAACUCAACAUUCAGGAGAGUACAACCCAGGAACUCAACAUUCAGGAGAGUACAACACAAGAACUCAACAUUCAGGAGAGUACAACCUAGGAACUCAACAUUCAGGAGAGUACAACCUAGGAACUCAACAUUCAGGAGAGUACAACCCAGGAAUUCAACAUUCAAGAGAGUACAACCUAGAAACUCAACAUUCAGGAGAGUACAACCUAGGAACUCAACAUUCAGGAGAGUACAACCUAGGAACUCAACAUUCAGGAGAGUACAACCUAGGAACUCAACAUUCAGGAGAGUACAACCCAGGAACUCAACACCAUAUUGAUUUUAAUAUAGGGAGAUAG